CACACCUGAUGCGGUAUUUCAGCUUUUUUUCUAUUUGGUCACAAACCGAUUUUUAACCCGUUUCAAGGAGUUGUUUUUUUAUUUUUUAAAUUUUUUUUGGAUUGCGGCUGUUAAACCGAUUCAUUGCAGCUGAAUCAGCUUGGGACACUAAAUGAGUCGCGUUUUCUGUUUGGAUUUUAAAACCAACAGCCAAGCGAGUUUCAGGUCUGCAUGGGCCGUAUUUAAGCUUUCUUCAUAGGAACUGAGUCUAAGAUGAAGUUAUGGGAUGUUUUGGCCACGUGUUUGUUGCUCCUGAGCUCUGUUGCUACACGGCCUCUCUACCAAAACACUCAGCCAGCCAAGAGGACUUACUUCCCCAGCAGCUACAGUGAUUCCGUGUCCCUGUCUGUGGAGGACGAACAGCCAGCGUUCCAGCGUGAAGACCACAACCUGCAAGAGAUCUCUAUGGAGAAUCAAUAUGAAAUCGCAGGUCCCUAUCCAGAGCAGUUCGAUGAUGUAAUGGAUUUUAUCAAGGCUACCAUUGGCAGACUCCGGAGAUCGUCAGAGCCCAGCGGGGGCUCCAGGGGACAGAGGGAGCAGAGACAGAGGGGAGCAGCAAACACAGGAGGCGCAAGAGGCGAGGACAGAGGACAUGGCGACCGGGGGCGGGGUAGGGGGCGAGGGGGAAGUCGAAGCAGUAGAGGAGGCCGAGGCAAGAAGGGGAGGGAGAGGAUAUCAGUGCAGAGUCGAGGCUGCUUGCUGAAGGAGGUCCAUCUCAACGUGACGGACUUGGGGCUGGGCUACCAGACUAAAGAGGAGCUGAUCUUCCGGUACUGCAGCGGCCCCUGCGUGGAGGCGGAGACCAACUAUGACAAGAUCCUGAACAACCUCACACACAACAAGAAGCUGGACAAGGACGCACCCUCUCGCACCUGCUGUCGACCAAUCGCAUUUGACGAUGACCUAUCUUUCUUGGACGACAAUGUAGUGUAUCACACACUGAAGAAGCAUUCUGCAAGGAAGUGUGGCUGUGUCUGAGGAAGUCAUAUGGACGUUACAAAAUGACGGACAUGUCCAGCAUCAUUGAACUAAGGAUCAUCUUUACAAGCUGGUACUGCAAAAGGAGGGAUUGCUAUUGGAAAUGGGCACACAAGGUCAAAGAGGAAGUGUUUCGUCUCUCCAUUUUUGUCAGUAUUCAUCAAUGAAAGACGACUGUACAUUUCACUUUGACAGUCCACACUCAGUCCUCCAGAUCCCUUGACCAGUAUUUGACAGUUCGGUCAGACACAUGCAGAAAUGUAUCAGGUGUGCACCAAUUUGCAGAAGAAUCAAUACUGUUACACUUCCAGAUUUGCUAACUGUGCUGUCUAAAAAGGUGAGAGUGAAGAAAAACCUCUGACUUUAGUUGGCUUGUUUUUUCUGGAAGAAAUCAUUUUCCCAGGAACUUCAGUUUUUCCGUAGCUGGCUCCUGCAGACGAAAGCAGAGAUAUGAGGAGUAUAUUCAGCUGCAGACUAAAUCAUAAUCUGCAUAGUCUGGUUGUUGACAUUUACAUUCAGAGCCAAGUGAUGAGAAAUACCACACCAGGGUUCAGCAAAGACUUUGUGGUGCAACGCAUCUACAUAAAAUCCUAUCAUAUAUAUAUAUAUACACGUGUGUGUAAGAGGUAUAUUUAUUAAGAUGGAAUUAACUUAUUGUUAUUUAUUUCAAUCCAUUUUAUGAAAGAUUUUGUCAUUUUUUUCUUAUUUAUUUAAAAGCUUUGUUUGUCCUGGAUGGUGCCAAAGUGGAGCAUUUUCUCAAAAUCUUACAAGGUGAUCCACAACUUCUAAACACACACACACACACCCUAAAAAUACUUAUUUGCUUCACUUAGAUUCCAGGGUUUCUCAAUUUAUGAGCCCCCCCCCCCCAAAAAAAUUAAUCUUUAGCUAUCAAGUCGAGGGAGCGUUGAAAGAGACACGGAGGAGGGGACCAAUAUAAGAUUUUUGAUUGAAGUGAUCUGUUGUUUCGGAGUGUUUUGAGGGACGGCAGGGCAGAUUUUUUUUUUUUUUUUUUGACA